CGAGCUCUGCAAUGCAGAAAGAGAGAGUUUGUUGCAAGUGACACCCAGCCAGUCGGAGAGAAAAGGAGAGGAGAGAAAAAAAGAGAGGAGGAGGAGGAGGGUGCAGACAGAGAAGAAAAAGAAACAAACAAGUAACAAUGUAACUUACAUGCAGUCACACACCCCUUUCUCUUGUAACAAUGUGUACGUUUUCAAGGAGGGAGGGGGCUCGCGGAGGGAGGAAGGGAGCAGGAGAGAGAUAGAGAGAGGAAGAGGAGGAGGAGGAGGAGGAGGAGGAGGGGGGUGAGUUCUGAAAUAAUAUAGUCAGCCAUUUUUUAUGUAAGGGGAUUUUUUUUUCUUAUUGGGGGGGUUGUUAAAAAAUAAAUAUAAGAGGGCGGCCAUCUUUGUUGCUCUGCCUAGUGUAAAAUAUUUUCCCCCCACUUUUUUAUCCCCCUCGAUUUGAAUAUUAAAUAAAUAUCACACCAUUCGAGGGGCUCUUUUUUUUUUUUUGGAGCAUCCAAUGACGGGAAUAUAAUGUCCUCGCCUCUCCGGUCCUGCUGUGAGGAAGACGAGGGCAUGGUGGUUAAUUCCGAGGGAGGAGAUUUUGAUGAAGAAGACGACGGAGACGACGGAGGAGACCUAGACGAGAACGCAAGCGACAUAAACUCGCCGGCGGCGCCUCGAGAAACUGCAACAGCAGCAGCAGCAGCAGCAGUCCAGCCAGACGAGGAGGCAGAGGUAUCAGACAGAGAGGUGCCGUGCAGGAAGAAAGGACGGCCGAAGAAGAAGAAGGACACAAAGAAGAAAGAGAAAGAGGGGAAACCAGUCAAAGCAAAAAAACGCAAGAAGAUUGACAGCGAUGUAGAGAGAGACUCAGAUAGAGAAAGGGACUACGGCGAGAACUCGGACAGCGUAGCCAGCGACUAUGGAUCUGCAGAGAAAAAGAAGAAGAAGAAACAUAAAGAAAGGAAGGAGAAGAAAACUAAGAAGAAGAAAAAAGUCGACGGGGACCGAGACAGCAGUCAGGAGGAAACAACAAAGCCAAUAGAGCAGAAGACUUCGGGCCAGCUGGCGAAGGAGUGGGGUCUGGAGGAUGUUGAUCAUACCUUCACAGAGGAGGACUACAGGGAACUCACCAACUACAAAGCCUUCAGCCAGUUCAUGAGGCCGAUGAUCGCCAAGAAGAAUCCUAAGAUCCCCAUGUCGAAGAUGAUGACCAUCCUGGGGGCCAAGUGGAGGGAGUUCAGUUCCAACAACCCCUUCAAGGGCAACUCUGCUGCUGUCGCGGCGGCUGCUGCUGCUGCCGCGAUCGCCGUCGCCGAGCAGGUCUCUGCAGCAAAUGCCUCGCCUGAGCCGCCGCCUCCUCCGCCACCGAUCAGAAAGGCCAAGACGAAAGAGGGCAAAGGCCCUGGCUUUAAAAAGCGCAGUAAAAGUCCUCGAGUCCCCGACAAGAAAAAGGCUGUAGCAAAGGCUAAAAAGAUGGCACCCAUUCGUAUCAAAUUAUCGCCUAUAGGUACCAAGAGGAAGAAGAGUUGUUCAAGCGAGGACGUGGAGGAAGAUGAGUCCGAGCAGGAAGACUCCAGCGUUCACAGCUCCUCCGUUCGCUCCGACAGCUCCGGUCGCGUCAAGAAGAAACAGCGAGGACGGCCUGCCAAAAAGAAGAAGAAAAAUACAAUCCCAGGUGAAGAGGAGGGCGACGGCUACGAGACGGAUCACCAGGACUACUGCGAGGUGUGUCAGCAGGGCGGAGAGAUCAUCCUUUGUGACACAUGUCCUCGAGCGUACCACCUUGUCUGCCUGGAGCCAGAGCUGGACAAGGCCCCCGAGGGCAAGUGGAGCUGCCCGCACUGCGAAAAAGAGGGAAUCCAGUGGGAAGCGAAGGACGAGGACUUUGAGGACUUUGAGGAGGACAGCGAGGACAGAGUGAUAUCCGAGGUCAGCGUGGGUGUCCACACCGGGGCGGAGGAGGAGGACGACGACCACAUGGAGUUCUGUCGGGUGUGUAAAGAUGGAGGCGAGCUGUUGUGCUGCGACACCUGCACCUCCUCGUACCACAUCCACUGUCUCAACCCGCCGCUGCCGGAGAUCCCCAACGGAGAGUGGCUGUGUCCGCGAUGCACGUGUCUGGCAAUCAAAGGACGUGUCCAGAAGAUCCUCCACUGGCGAUGGGGUGAACCUCCGCCUCCCAUCCCUGUUCCCCCUGCUCCCGACGCCGCACCUGAUGACCCCCCGCCGCCACCCAUGAAGGGCAGACCCGAGAGAGAGUUCUUUGUCAAGUUGACUGCGCAGUCAUACUGGCACUGUACCUGGAUCACUGAGCUGCAGCUGGAGAUCUUCCACUCGGUGAUGUACAGAAACUACCAGAGGAAGACGGACAUGGACGAGCCUCCCAGCCUGGAUUACGGGUCGGGCGCAGAGGACGAGAACGGAGUGGGAAAGAGCGAGAAGAGGAGGGCCAAGGACCCCCAGUACGCCAUACUGGAAGACAAGUACUACAGAUAUGGCAUCAAGCCGGAGUGGAUGAUGAUCCACCGCAUCAUCAACCACAGUGUGGAUAAGAAGGGGACGUACCACUACCUGGUCAAGUGGAGAGACCUGACCUAUGACCAGUGUACCUGGGAGAGAGAUGACCUGGACAUCCCUGAGUUUGCACUUCACAAGGGCAACUACUGGAGACACAGAGAUGCAAUAAUGAAGGAGGACCCAGACAGACCCAGGAGGAUGAGGAGCAGGAACCAGGAGGGUGAAGAGGAGUCCCCUGCCUCGCCGUUCACUGAUCCUACGAUAAAAUACGAGGAACAGCCCGACUUUGUCACAACGACGGGCGGGACGCUGCACCUGUACCAGCUGGAGGGUCUGAACUGGCUCCGGUUUUCCUGGGCUCAGGGCACAGACACCAUCCUGGCAGACGAGAUGGGUCUCGGCAAGACCAUCCAGACCAUCGUCUUCCUCUACUCGCUCUUCAAAGAGGGUCACACUAAGGGUCCGUUCCUGGUCAGCGCUCCGCUCUCCACCAUCAUCAACUGGGAGAGGGAGUUUGAGUUUUGGGCACCCGACUUCUAUGUGCUGACGUACACGGGAGACAAGGACAGCCGAGCCAUCAUCAGAGAGAACGAGUUCUCCUUCGAUGAAACGGCUAUCAAAGGAGGGAAGAAGGCCUUCCGACUGAGGAGAGAGGCUCCUAUCAAAUUCCACGUGCUGCUGACCUCCUAUGAGUUGGUGACCAUCGACCAGACGGCGCUCAAGUCCAUCGACUGGGCCUGUCUGGUGGUGGACGAGGCUCACCGCCUCAAGAACAACCAGUCCAAGUUUUUCAGGCGUCUGAACGACUAUAAGAUCGAACACAAGCUGCUGCUGACGGGAACUCCUCUACAGAACAACCUGGAGGAGCUGUUUCACCUGCUCAACUUCCUCACGCCCAACCGCUUCAACAACCUUGACGGCUUCCUGGAAGAGUUUGCCGACAUCUCCAAGGAGGACCAGAUCAAGAAGCUCCACGACCUGCUGGGGCCUCACAUGCUGCGGCGGCUGAAGGCCGACGUCUUCAAGAACAUGCCCGCCAAGACCGAGCUGAUCGUCAGAGUGGAGCUGAGCCCGAUGCAGAAGAAAUACUACAAGCUGAUUCUGACCAAGAACUUUGAGGCUCUGAACUCGAAAGGUGGAGGAAACCAGGUCUCCCUGCUCAACAUCAUGAUGGACCUAAAGAAGUGCUGCAACCACCCCUACCUCUUCCCCGUCGCCUCCAUGGAAGCCCAAAAAACUCCCAACGGUGCUUACGAGGGGUCGGCCCUCACUAAGGCCUCUGGGAAACUGACGCUUAUGCAGAAGAUGCUGAGGAAACUGAAAGAACAGGGGCACCGAGUACUGGUCUUCUCACAGAUGACUAAGAUGCUGGAUUUACUAGAGGAUUUCUUGGACCAUGAAGGUUACAAGUAUGAAAGAAUUGAUGGAAGCGUCACAGGAGCGCUGAGACAAGAGGCCAUCGACCGCUUCAAUGCUCCUGGUGCUUGUCAGUUUUGUUUCUUGCUCUCCACCAGAGCGGGAGGUUUAGGCAUCAACUUGGCCACAGCAGACACCGUCGUCAUCUUCGACUCUGACUGGAACCCUCACAAUGACAUUCAGGCGUUCAGUCGAGCCCACCGAAUCGGUCAGGCCAACAAGGUGAUGAUCUACCGCUUUGUGACGCGAGCCAGCGUGGAGGAGCGCAUCACGCAGGUGGCCAAGAGGAAGAUGAUGCUGACCCACCUGGUGGUCCGGCCAGGCCUGGGAUCCAAAGCCGGCUCCAUGAGUAAACAGGAACUGGACGACAUCCUCAAGUUUGGAACAGAAGAGCUCUUCAAGGAUGAAUUAGAACGUAUGAAGAAAAGUUCGGGGGAUAGAGUUGAGGACGAGGGCAGCGUGAUCCACUACGACAGCGUUGCCAUCGAGAGGCUGUUGGACCGAAGCCAAGACGCCACAGACGACCCUGACGUCCAGAACAUGAACGAGUACCUCAGCUCCUUUAAAGUGGCCCAGUACAUGGUCCGAGAGGAGGACAAGGUCGAGGAGAUCGAGCGGGAGAUCAUCAAACAGGAGGAGAACGUGGAUCCGGAUUACUGGGAGAAACUCUUGCGGCACCACUACGAGCAGCAACAAGAGGACCUGGCAAGCAAGCUGGGUAAAGGGAAGAGGAACCGCAAGCCUGUCAACUACAACGAUGCCGCACAGGAAGAUCAAGAGUGGCAUGCUGACAUUUCAGAUAACCAGUCCGAGUAUUCAGUGGGCUCCGAGGAGGAGGACGAGGACUUUGACGAUCGGCCAGAAGGUCGAAGGCAGUCACGCCGCCAGUUGAGGAACGAGAAGGAUAAACCUCUGCCUCCUCUUCUGGCCAGAGUGGGAGGCAACCUUGAGGUGCUGGGAUUCAACACACGCCAGAGAAAGGCUUUCCUGAACGCGGUGAUGCGCUGGGGGAUGCCGUCUCAGGACGCUUUCUCCUCUCAGUGGCUGGUCAGAGACCUCAGGGGCAAGACUGAGAAAGAAUUCAAAGCUUAUGUGUCUCUCUUUAUGCGUCACUUAUGCGAGCCGGUGGCUGACGGGGCGGAGACGUUCGCAGACGGCGUGCCGAGGGAGGGCCUGUGUCGGCAGCCGGUCCUCACCCGCAUUGGCGUCAUGUCUCUCGUCAAAAAGAAGAUCCAGGAGUUUGAGCACAUCAACGGGCGGUGGAGUCUCCCAGAGCUCAAACCUGAGGUCAUCAUAGACAAAUCGUCCUCCAGGGCCUCCUCUCCAGCCGUGAAGACCACCACGCCCACCUCCGAGGCCAGCUAUAACAACACACCUUGCACCUCCAAGCCAGCGACCCCUGCUCCAUCAGACAAGCUGGAAAAGAAUGGAAAAGAGGGAGAGAAGGAGGAAGAGAAAGAGGAAGGAGAGGCCCCGUCUGACAAAGAGAAAGUGAAGGAGAAAGAGAAGGAUGAGGGGAAAGAGGUGGACAGCAACAGGACUGCUGACCCUGAAGAGCUUUCCUCUUCGACAAAAGACACAUCAGAAAAUGCGUCCCCUAGUCCAAAAAACGAAGACAAAGGGGACAGCGACCUGAAAGAGGAGGAGAAGAAGGAAACAACUGACACUCCUGCUGCCGCAACGGAGGAGAAAAAAGUACAAGAGGAGAGUAAAGAAGAGACGAAACAAGACACGGAGGUCAAAGAAGAGACAUCAGAAGAAAAGGCAGCGGAGGAGAAGGAAAAAGAUAAAGAAAAGCAGGAAGAGACGCCGACAGCAACUGAAACGGCAGAUGUUAAGGAUAAGACCGAGGUGUCUGACGUGAAGAAAGAGGAAGUCAAAGGUGAAAAGGACGCUGGGAAAGAGGUCAGAGCACCAAAAGAGGAUGCGCCCAAGGGUAAUGGGAGGCCUCCCAUUGAGCGACCUCGCUUUAUGUUCAACAUCGCAGAUGGCGGCUUCACCGAGCUGCACACUCUCUGGCAGAACGAGGAGCGGGCUGCCAUCUCCUCGGGGAAGAUGAAUGAGAUCUGGCACCGCCGACACGACUUCUGGCUGCUGGCGGGAAUCGUGAUUCACGGCUACGCCCGGUGGCAGGACAUCCAGAAUGACCCCCAGUUCGCCAUCGUCAAUGAGCCUUUCAAAUCGCAGGCGAAUAAAGGCAACUUCCUGGAGAUGAAGAACAAGUUCCUGGCUCGACGUUUCAAGCUGUUGGAGCAGGCGCUGGUGAUAGAGGAGCAGUUGCGACGGGCCGCCUACCUGAACAUGACCCAGGACCCCAGCCACCCGGCCAUGGCGCUCAACGCACGCUUUACGGAGGUGGAGUGCCUCGCGGAGUCACACCAGCACCUCAGCAAGGAGUCGCUGGCGGGCAACAAGCCAGCCAACGCUGUCCUGCACAAAGUGUUGAACCAGCUGGAGGAGCUGCUGAGCGACAUGAAGGCCGACGUGACCCGGCUACCGGCCACGCUGUCCAGAGUCCCACCCAUCGCCGCCCGCCUGCAAAUGUCCGAGAGGAGCAUCCUCAGCCGACUGGCCAGCAAGGGCACCGAGACGCACACACCCCCGCCCAUACCUCCAGGACCCUACGCAACCCCUCACAACUACGGAGCCCCCUUCACCCCCGCCCCUCCGAGCGCCCUACUCAUGGGAGGGGCCAACUACAGUCAGAUGCCGCCCGGAUCCUUCAUAUCAGAAGCCGCCGCCGCUGCUGGGGCCACCGGGGGAGCUGCAUGGGGAGCCGCCGGAGGGCCAAACGCUGCUUGCCAGAAGACCAAGGAGCAUGAUGUGGUGCAGCGGCAGCGGGUGGUGGACCUCUGGAAGGACGGCAAGUCCGAGGGGGCCAUCGGGCAGGAGCUGAGGAUGCCCAAGUCCACGGUGCACAGCAUCAUCGUCAAGUACCGGCUCAGCAACACGGUGGAGAACCUGCCGCGCAACGGGCGACCAAAGAAACCCUGAGGGGGAGGACGAGACUCUGAAAGAACAUUUGGAUAAAACAUCCAGGAAUGUAACAAAAAUGGAGAUUGAAAAAGGGACAGUGAAAGCUGAAAAGGAGAGAACCUGAAUGAGUCCAAAAAGGGACCCAAAGACAGAGCACUUUGACACAGCUGGAAUGUGAGGAAUAUAAAGGGAGAAGCAAAGCUACUGGAUCGAAUAAAGGACGGGAGGCAAAAAAGGAGAGGACAUGAAAAGUGAAAAGAUGUGGCGGCACUUGAAAGAAAACAAGCAAUCAAGUGCAGAGAGAGAGAGGGCCAAACUAAGAAGGGAGAGGUGAAAAGCUGGCUCUGACAUCAAGCACUAAUGAUGCGUACGGGGGAGUCAGAAAAACAGAGAGAUGACCCGUCUGGAACAAACAAAUCCUCAAGUAAAGAGAAAAGGCGCUACUGAAAAAAACUUUGAGGGGAAAGAUGUCUGGACUGAAGGACGGAAAAAACAGACGUGCUGAACGGGCCUCCCAUGUCUGUAAAGAAGGAGCGGGAAGCAGAGCUGCUAGUCAACCGGCGGGAGCAGCGCAGCGGAGAGGUCAUCUGUAUCGACGACUAGACUACACGCACACACACACACACACACACACACUGAAACCCAUCUCCUGCAAAGAUAUCGCCUCCAAUUUAUCUCCGAGAAACUUUUGGCUGUUACCACACACCAGUAUUAAAACAAAUUGACUGACUUUGGGUGCACUUAUUGACCCGCUUCUAAAACUUUUGGUACUGAAAAACUACAAUCACAUAAACACACAAACACACUCACGCACAUGUGCACUUACUGUCCACGGACACACACACACACACACACACACACACACACACACACACAUACUAACAAACAGUACAUACAGUCCAUAUUGUCUCAUAACUCCUUGUGACCUUUUCUUGUCUGCCUCAAACCAUUAUACUCCUCAUAACCGGGCCUCUUCACACAGGCCUCCUCCUCCUCCUCCUCCUCCUCUUCCUCCUCCUCCUCCUCUUGGGGUGCUUCUAACCCCAUCUACACACAUGUACACACACUUACACACACAACCUCAAUCCUAGAAACCUUUAGAUCUCUCAAUAGACCAUGUAACCUUCCUCCUCCUCCUCCUCCUCCUCCUCCUCCUCCCCUCGACAGGAAGCUGCAUGUGAAACUAAAAUCAUUUCUCCAUCCCCUGAAGCAUGCUCUAAUCACAAUAAUGCUGUCUCGUGGAAAGGAAGAGAAAAAAAAGGCGUCAAGCUGUGCCUACAGUCGUUUUAAUACUGUUUCUAAUUCUCCCAGAAGAGGCUGAACCUCUGAUUUCUCAGCUCCAAGCACAGCUCCAGCUUUCUUUUUUUUCAAUGGUACAGAUAAAAACAUGCGCAGAAAGAUAAUUAUAUUCAGGACUCCACAUUAAGUAUUUGCCGCCAUCCCACCUCGCUUCCCCGGUUCUAAGUUUAUGUAAAGAGCUUUGAGGUAUUUUGGGGGUUAUGAUGCUAUUUUUCAGAAACCUCCUAUGAAUGUUUAUAACCUUUUCAUAAGCAAGUCAGUGUUAUUAAAACCCGUCGAUCACCUUGAACACUCCCCCCCUUCCCUUCCCUUCUCUCAAUCAGCAUUUUUUUCUAUUUCUUUCUACAAAAUCCUGUGAUAUACUUUGCAUAUUUAAACAGCUCAUUCGUGCUCUCUUGUGUUUUUACUCUCGCGAUAAUGAGUAUUUGUCGUCGUCGACGUUGCCGUCGUUCUCGCUGUUGCUAUUCGAGAAAGAGCUUCUACCAAAAGAGACAUUUUUUUUUAGAAACUAUGGAAAACGAUACAGUGCGUGCGACACACACACCUAUUUGCCAUGUUUGUCCUAUAAUUAACAAGAAAACGCAAAACGAAGAAGUUGAGCUAACUUCAGAGGUAGAUAUAUUACAAGAAAACGUGUUUUUCUUGCUUACGUUUUAGAUUUGGGGCUUGCAAAUGACAUAUACAUAUAUAGAAAAUAGGCCAUAUGUAACCCUAAAUGCUUCUAUGAGCAGAAAGAUAAUGUAUACUAUCUAACCCCAGUAAAAAUACACGGUUAUUAUCUGGAAAAUCGAAGGCUGGAAAUCCAUUUUAUAUACCGCUUCAUUAAAAAAACGCCUUAAUAAACAUAGCUGAGCAAAUGUAAAAUCAUCGAACUGAAUUAAGAACCUGAUGUCAACCUGUAAAUCCUAGUCUGCUUUAAGUUAAAACUAAUAAAAGAUAGCUACUGUAGGAGUUAAUUUAUCUCAUAAAUCCUGGACACUUUACACUGAUCGUCCCAGGAAAUAGUCAGAGUCCAUUUUACAAAUUAUGUUUCAUACAAAGGUUUUUGCAACCCCUGAACUUAAAUGUUAAAAGCACUUAGUUUUUUUUUUUUUUCCACUUUUACUUUGUCCUCUCUCCAGAUUUUUGUGUUAAUUUCUGGGUAUCUCGUGUCACUGUGUAUGUAGUGGUGCCGAUCAAAUGAUGAGUGGCAGUGAAACAUGUCAAUGAUGACGCAUCUUCUUUUUUUUCUUUCUUUAUUUUUUUGUUUGUAAUAAAACUGAAUGAAAUGAUAAAAA